AUGACAGAAACAGAAAUCGACACAACUUGUGUGCAUCCAUUCUUGACCUCACUUGGCACAUGUCGAAUGGGGAAAUGCGCUGAUCCAAGAGCCGCCUGUAUCUUCAGUCUCGCCGCCAAUCAACACAUUUGCUGUGCACCACGACCGGGAGCCAUUCAGCCAAUUUGUCCCUCAUGGAACACCCCGCUCUUACCAAUGCUAUGCGAUCCAACACAGCCAGUCGAUGAACAAUAUCAUUAUUUCAUUUACCCGCCAAAAUUUCGUCGCAAAAGGGAGAUGUCGCAUUUGAGGAGGACAGAAAGUCGAGAAUCAAUCUUAUCAAGCGCCUCGAAUGCGAGCAGAAUUGGCAACUUUGAGAUUGGUGAUCGGGUAGAGAUCGAGAAUCGAGCUGCGACAAUCGCCUUCAUUGGGAACACACAGUUCGCACAAGGAGAAUGGAUCGGUUUGAUUCUCGACGAAGCGACUGGGAAAAAUGAUGGAUCACUGCAGGGGAUACGAUAUUUUGAGUGUGAUCCGAACUACGGCCUAUUUUGUAAAGCCGGGAAGUUGAAACGAGUUGCUCCCACACCGUCCGAACCAACUAGUCCGCAUGCAGCUGAAUUUGGUUUCGACGUCGGUGACAAAGUGAAUGUGGCUGGUGGAAAAUUGGGAACAGUGCGAUUUCUGGAUGUCACAAAAUUCGCAACGGGUGUCUGGGCUGGGAUCGAGCUCGAUCAACCGAAUGGGAAGAAUGAUGGAUCUGUGCAGGGAGUCAGCUAUUUCGAGUGUAAACCAAUGUAUGGACUGUUUGUGCCGGCUGCGAAAACCGAACUCGUCCAAUCGAAGAUGUUAAUGACUCGUCACACCAAAUCCUCACUUCUUCGGUAUCAACAGAAAAGAAUGGGCGGAAGUCGCGAAUCGUUGAGCAGCGUUGGAGCCAGCAGUUUGGCUAGCAGUCGAAUUGGAACUGUUCGACGGCCACAAUUUGCAAUGAAACCAACUCCACCACCGGAAGGAACCGUUCAUGCUUUACAGGAAGCACUCCGAGAAAAGGAAAAGCAUUUGGAGCAAAUGAUGCAAGAAAGAGAAAUGGAAAAGAUGGAAAUGGCAAGAAUAUUGCAGAGACAGGAAAGCACGGACUCAUCCGCUCAAAGGGAUCAGUUAAAGCUGGUAACUGAUGCUUUGAAAACAACAAUUGCUGAAAGGGAGAAGAAAAUCGAGGAGCUUCUCUUCAGCAUUGAUGAGUUGAAAGUCGAUAGAGAGACAGUGAAUGAAGAGCUGGAGGAAGCGAGGAAACAAUUGGAGGUUUUCACCGAAAACAUGUUGUUGACGGCAAAUGCGACAAAUCAAGAACAAGAAGCACUGAUGCAGUUGAACAGCAGAUUGAAUCAAGAGUUAACAAAUUCAACAAGACUCGCCACAGAGCUCGAUGCGUCAAAACGAAAGUUAGCUGAAAUCGAGAAGCAAAGAGAGGAGCAGACAAAGGAAUUUGAGAAAAUAACUUCUGAGAACACCAAUCUGCAAGCGGAGCUCUCGAAAAACAAGGAAGCGCUUGGAGUGAGCGAUGAAUUCGAAAAAGAAACGACGACUCUACGAGAACAACUUUCAAAUGAGAAAAAGAGUAAAGAAAGUUUUGAAUCACAACUCUCUGAAUCGAAGAGUCAACUAGAUGCGUUGAAUAAGGAUCUAUUGGCGAAACGAGAUAAGCAUGAAAAACUGCUUUCCGAAGCUUCAACUCUGCAAGUUGAUACAGAGAACUUGAGGAAAAAACUCGAAGCAGAAAAAGCAGAAAUUGAACAAAAGAAUUCUGCUUUGAGCGAAGAGGUGACUGCACUGCGGACAGCGAUUGAAGUGGCUCAGAAUGAGAGAAAAACGGCUGAUGAAGCAAGCGCAAAACAAGUCGAGGCUAUCAAAGCUGAAUUGAAGCAAAUGGGACAACAGUUGGAGACUGGAUCCGACACUCAAAAAGCUCUUGUUAAGAUGAGUGAAGAAAAGAUGCAAAUUGAAGCAGAUCGAGAAAAGAUUACCAGUGAGUUAAAAUUGACUAUGGAACAGAUGACCACGUUGAAGAAGGAUCAUCAAUCUACAGUGGAAAGAAUGCAAAAAGCUUUGGAAGAGACUCAGAUGAGAUUGACAACUUUGGAGAAGGAGCAUGAUGUGAAGAGUGCGGAACACGCAAAGUUUCACGCUGACCAUGUUGGACUUCAAGCAGAGCUCUCCAGCACAAAAGAUCAGCUCGUUGCAGCCGGUGAAUUUGAGAAAGAGGCUCUGGCUUUGCGAACAGAUCUUCAAAACGAGAAGUCAAUUCAUCAAGGCGUGCAACAACAACUAAAAGAGGCGCAUGAUAAGCUGGAAAGCUUGGACAAGGAUUUGUCGAUGAAAAGGGAUGAACAUGAGAAAUUACUUUCUCUAUCAACUAGUUUGCAAGAAGAGUUCGAGAAGAGAAAAAUGGGAUUCGAGGCUGAGAAAAGCGAAAUAGAACAGAAAAACUCAACACUUGCCAAAGAAAUCUCCGCUUUGCGACUCGAGAUUCAAGCGGCGCAAAAUGAGAAAAUCUUAGCUGAUGAAGCAAACAGCAAACAAAUUGAUGCCCUCAAAGCAGAGUUGAAACAAAUGGGACAACAAUUGGAAACAGGCUCCGAUGCUCAACAGGCUUUGGUCAGGAUGAGCGAAGAAAAACUCGAAAUUGAGGCCGAUCGAACAAAGAUUUCCAAUGAUUUAAAGCUAAGCGUUGGCCAAUUAGAGAUUUUGAAGAAUGAACAUCAGUCAACAGUGAAAAGAAUGCAAGCAACUAUGGAUGAGAAUCAAACAAAAUUGGCAGCCUUAGAAAAGGAGCUCGCUGUGAAGGGUGGCGAACAUGAAAAGCUACAAGUUUCAAAUGUUGCCCUUCAAACAGAGCUCUCUAGCAUAAAAGAACAACUUUCUGCAGCUGGUGAAUUUGAGAAAGAAGCUGCUACUCUUCGAACAGAGCUACAAACUGAGAAAUUAGCCAAAGAAGGAGUACAAUCACAAUUGAAGGAAGCCAAUGAGGAGUUGAACGCCAUCGAUAUGAAGCUGCAGACAAAAAGCACCGAAUGGGAAGAAUUAUCUUCUGAGAAUGCGAAGCUUCAAGCUGAACUGUCAACAACGAGAGAACAACUUGUUGUAGCUGCUGAAUUUGAGAAAGAAGUUUUAACUCUACGAACAGAUCUGCAAACUGAGAAAUCAACUAAAGAAAGUGCACAAGAACAACUAAAAGAAACGAGUGACAAGUUGACCGCUUUGGAGAACGAGCUUUUCAUUCAAAGAACUGAACAUGAGAAAAUAUCUUCUGAAAUGGCCCUACUCCAAGAAGAACUUGAAAAAACGAAAACAACUGCAGAGGCUGAAAAGGGAGAAAGUGAACAAAAGUGCUCUUCACUGGCGAAUGAAGUUGCUCUACUUCGUGCUGAGAUGGAAACAUCACAAAAUGAAAGAAAUGCUUCCGAACAAUCAAAACUGAAAGAAGUUGACUCAUUGAAAAGCGAAUUGAAACAAAUGGCUGAACAAUUGGCAAUUGGAUCGGAUACACAAAAAGCUUUAGCAAAGAUGAGCGAAGAGAAGAAACAGAGUGAUGCGGAGAGAGAAAAGAUCUCCAACGAGCUGCAACUGAACGUGAGUCAAUUGGCGGCAUUGAGAAGCGAACACCAAUCGGUCACACAAACGCAUGACGAAGUGACGUCAGAACUUGCUCAAACACAGCAAAGCCUUGCGACAAUCACCGGGAAACUUGAGGAUAAGGAAAGGGAAUUGCAGAAACAGACUGUUAAUGAACAAGAAAUCCGUAAAAAUCUCGAUGAGGCUCGAGCCGAGGCUGAAAAUUUGAAAGCCACUUCGGAGACUGAGAUUAACAGACUCGAGCGAGAGGCGGCAACUCUACGGUCACAGGUUGAGUGCAGUGGGCAAUCAAAUGAGCAGGUGUCCGUCGAGCUUUCAUCAGCUGCGUCACAAGUUUCGCAGCUUUCUAGUGAGAAGACUCAAUUACAAAGUGAAAUGGAGACAUUGAGAGUUGAGUUGACUCGACUACAAAUGGUUGAAACCGAAGUGAAACAACGAGAGAAUGACGCGGAAAAUAAAGUAAAGCUCUUGUUUGAGCUGGACGAAGCGUGGAAGCAAAAAGAAGCACGAUUUGUCGAAAGGAUUGAUGAACUUGAGGCCAAAGUUGAAUCAGAGAAAAGGCGAACGGCAUCCGAUGAGGUGACAACACUGCAACAGCAGGUUGAUUUCUUGAACUCGAUCAUUGCCACAAUGCAGAAGAAGAAUGAUACGCUUGAGAAAGAAAACAAAAAGAUGAAAGAAACAGGGUACAGUGGAUUGGAAGACGAUUUCGGUAGCUUGACGGUGAAGAAAGCGGCGAAAGUGGCUCCAAGGAAGUACUGUGACAUUUGUGAGAUCUUUGAUGCACACGAGACUGAAGAUUGCCCAACUCAAUCAAGCAUGAUCGACGAGUUCCGAGAACACUCCCACAACAGCACUGGAUCAUCGUGGCCUGGAGUUUCAGCCACUGAACCUGAUCGAAAAACACCAGUCAAGAAAGUGAUCCCUCCAGAGAGGCCAUAUUGUGAGCAAUGUGAAGUAUUCGGCCACACAAAAGGAAACGGUUGCCCAAGCGGGAAAUCUCCGAAAGUCGACUACACUUUU